AUGCAAGGGUUUUAUAAUUAGGUUAAGUCAUUGAUGCAAUCUAAUCAUGAAGAACCUAAUUAUGAUGAUAAUUAUAAGUGCUUUUGUGGUUAAUAGAUCAGAUGUGAUCCAUUUGAUGAUUUAUAUAAUCACAUUUCCAAUUGUAAGAAGUUUCUUAGUGAAUCAAUGUUUUAUAAAGAAUUUGAAAAGCUUCGUUUGAAUAUCUUUAAGCUACCUUAACUUUAUACAUUAAAGGCAGAAUUUCUAUAUAUCAUUAAUCAAAUUGAUGAUAUUAUCAAUAAAAGUAAGAUAUAUAAUUAAUUAUAAUAUUAGAAGAAAUUAGUUAAAUCAAUUCACCAAAGAGUUCUAAUAGAUAAUUAAAAUAGUCAAUACAACCAUAAUCAAAUUUUUAAAAAUAAGUAAUCUUAUUUGAUUGAAAUUUCAGUCCUUCAAUAAUAUUCACAAAAAGUACUUUCCAAUUAAGAGUCGAGAAUAAGAAAUAAAACAGAAAUGUUCAUCUUGUGGAAAAUUAGAUAAUAAUGAAGAUGAGAUGGAAAUAGUUUAUAAUUUUAAAAUUUGUCAACAUGCUCAUUGUUUAGGUUGCAUUAGAAAAUUAAUAAAUUAAUAAUAUAUUCUAAAAUCAGGUUGUGUGUAAUGUUCGUAUUGUUAAAAGUAAUUGAGUUAAUAAGAAAUUGAAAAAUAUAUAGGUUUAGAGAGAUUAUAAUACUUAUAAAAAAAAUUAAAAACAGGUGAAUCACCAGCAUAAUAAAAAUAAUAGUGUUCAUUUUGUUAUAGAUAUUUAAAUAAUAAAGAUGUUAAAUCUGGUUAAAGACCAGUUUGUAAUUAAUAAGAAUGCUAAUCAAAAAAUACUUAGGCAUGUUAAAAAAUACUAAGUUGCAAACAUUUUUGUAAUGGAUAUAAAGAUGAGAAAAAAUGUUUGGGUUGUCUAGGAUGCACUAAUUAAAAGUUAUCUGAAGAAUAUUGUACAAUUUGUUUUACAGAAUCAUUAUAUGAAGGUCCAUGUAUUUAAGCAGCUUGUGGACAUGUAAUAUAUUUUGAUAAUAUUAUAUAAGAUAUUUCAUUAUUAUUGUUUAAAUAAGAAAUUAGAUAAAAAAUGGACAAGUAUGUAUAUUUCAUUUGGAUUUUGUUGUUGUUCAAUUUGUAAAAGAUGGAUGGUAUUUAUAUUUAUAUAUAAAUAUAAUUUAGGAAUUUCCUAAUGAUUCAAUUUCAUAACAGAAAAUGAAUGAAUAUUAAGAAUUACAAAUAUUAGUUCGUAAAUAGGCUUCUUUGAGAAUGGGAAAAAUGGGAGAUAAUUAAAUUUUAAAAGUUGAAGAUGCUUUAGAUAUAUUUGCAUUUUAUUAAUGUGAUAAAUGCAAGAAACCAUAUUUUGGAGGAAAGAAAGAUUGUUAAUUAGAAUUAGAGGCUGAAUAAAAUAGACAAAGUUAAUCAGAUUUAAUUUGUCCUUCAUGUUGUGGAUAAUAAAUUAAUGGAUGUAAGAUUCAUGGAACUGAAUAUUUAGAAUAUAAAUGUAGAUAUUGUUGUAAUAUUGCAACAUAUUUUUGUUGGUAAUUUAUAAUAUGAUAUAAAAAUAGGGGAACUACUCAUUUUUGUUAAAAUUGUCAUACAAAAUAGUCUGGAGGGAAAUAUUUAACUUAAUUGAAAAAGGAGGAAUUGCCAUAAUGUUUAGGAAAGGGUAAAUGUCCAAUAGGAGGAAAUCAUACACCAAAUGGAUAAGAAUAAUGUUUAGGAUGUGGUAUACUAUAUAUAUUAAUAAUUUAUAAAGGACUUUGUAAUAAUUGA